UUGCAGGACAGAUUUGCGCGUUUAAAUUGCUAACCGUUCGUUUACCACGUACGGAAUGACACAAUGACUACAAGAAUUUCUGUAAUUUAAAAUACAGAAAACUUAACACUUUGAUUGUGCGUUGACAUUCAAAGAAUUUAUGGAUAUAUUAAAUUCAGUUUGACAACUUAAGAUUUAUGCAUUGAUCGGUUGAAAUCCUUGGAUUUUAGAUAUUAAUUCUUCAUCGCAAAAUUGGUAUCGAAUCUUGUGUAAUUCUAUUGAGGUCACGUGUAAGAGACAUACCCGAAAUAAUCCUUUUUGAAUUCCUAGAUUUUUAAAGUCAAUUGUUAAGCAUACAGAUACCUCGGGCCAUUGAAAGCGCGGGGUUGUUUGGUUAGUGCAAACGAACGAUAUUGAAUGUCGACGGAACUCUAUCUCGUAAGGAACAAUAAUAUUUCUUUGGCGAGUCGAGUGACAAUUUUUAGUUUUCACUAUUUAAUGAAGAAAAAUCUUUUAAUUAUGUGAUAAAUGGAAUUGAAAUUGAGCGAUGAAAGCUCCACCUGAAGUUUAAAAUGCUUUCUCAAUAUUGAAAAGGAUUCAGAAAAAUGCAGCAACUUACUAUAUUAUAACGUCCACAUUAAAUGGUGUAAACAUUGAAACAUCCAUUAGUAAAUGAAAUGCUGAAAGAAAUCUGUAAUUGUUCAGAGGGAUAGACUGACGAAGAGGUAAAUUAAGACAUAACAAUGGAGUCAGAAAGCGACAAUGGAAUCGGUGAAAGAGCAAUUGACGACGAAUCAAUGGAAGAUGUAGAUGCAUUAGCGGACAAAGAAGUGGCUGAUGUAUUCAAGAAUGCUGACGAUAGUGAAAACAAUGACGCUCACUUUGUUCAUAGAGGACAGGAGAGUCCCGAAAACUGUCAGUGUGACUCCAGCGGAAAGAGACGCCCGGUAUUGUCAACUUCCCAGUAUGUUGUGAUCGAUAAAUAUUCAUCCGUAUUGGCGGAGACGGUAAUACACGAAGCUAUCCUUAUCAACGAGAUAUACGACCGUGACAAGAUGAACGUUGACGUCUUUAAACUGAAAAAUGCCACCGUACGCCGGGGACACACUUACGGUCGCACGGGGGAUCGGGGCGGGGAAGCCUGUUCACCGGGGUACGACCAGUACAUCAUCGAGCGGUUUCUUCACUCCCAUGGAGACCCCGUGGACGGCGUCGACGAAGCCGAGUUUGACGGCAAAGAUGAGCUCUACCGGGAAACCUCCUAUCCGGGCCUAGACAAUUCCGACGCGUACAUACAGAACGAGGCCUCUAGGAGUGUUACAGAUGAAGCGGACCAGUCCAGCGACAAGAACAACAACCGACUCCCUGUGCCGGUAAUCGACCCGUUCUCCGAGACGCUGCAGACCAUCCACGAGGACACAAUUCUCGUCAUUGAUGACGACAUAGCGGCAGAUGACAGCGCUUCUAACGCCCGCCAGCACGUGACGUCAUUAAACCGCCACGUGACGGAACCCAACCAAGCAGCUAACCAACGGGAAUCGGACGUUGGCAGUAGGGAUAACACUGAGGACUUUGCAAAGAUUGACAGCAUCGGCGCUACUUCUCUGCGAAAAGAUGACCAUGGGGACUACGAAACAGAAGAGGAAAUCGACACAGGAUGCGCAGAAGACGAGCGCGCAUCAACAAUAAACACAGGGGAGAGAGUAGAAGACUUCGAACACAAUGACGAGGAUUUUGUUGAUGAUGAGACAGAAUUAACUACAGAAGAUGAAGACGAUGAUGAACCGGAUUGCUGCGAAAUGACAUUUAAGGAGAAAACGGCAAUAGUGCAAGCGGUUCGAGAAGGCGACGUGGAUUUACUUGAAACUCUUUUGGAGAAAAAGAACGCCGAUAUUAACAUGACAUGGUACGGUGAAAAUCUGUUGAUGGUGGCAAUACGUUCACGGCAAGUCGAGGUUGGAAGGUUUCUCGUCGACAACGGAGUGGACCGCUUUUAUAUGCACAAAUUGGUGGAUGUCAACCCAAAUGACGGUAUCAGCAUGCACACGGUGGAUGCACGUCAAAUGGCGUACGACACAGAACUGCACGAAAUAGUGGAAUACCUCGACUACAAGUCCAACUGCCUGUUUCCAUUUAUAAACCGAAAAUUAAUGACUUUCGCCUACGUCAGCCUAUAA